GUCGAGUGCAGUACCGACGAUCGGUGGGGAAACCCAGCUGACUUGAAUUGGAUGCAGGAGCAGGCAAAGUUGAUUUAUCUGUGGGAGAGGCUGUAUUUGGAUUUAGAGCAGCAGCAAAGCGUGGUGUUACAGGACAAACUGGAGGCCCUGCGCCAAGAGCAGGAUAACACCUUGAGGGAUGAGCUGGAGGCUUUUAAUUACACCUUAUGUCAGCUUCAGGAGGACAACAGUGCACUGAGAGGAGAACUGGAGCGUGCACAGCAAAGCAUCGUGUCCGGAGAGACUGGGAACCAGAGGCUCUCGGAAGAUUUACGGAAGAUCAACGACUGUCAUGAUGAACGGACGAAAAAAAUGGAAAGUGAGUUUCAGGAGAAGAUAAGGCAACUGCAACAGAUCCACGAAGAGGAGAUGAAACACUUGCAUGGUUAUUACACCUCCUCCCUAGCAGAGCCGACUGUGACGGAGAGAAAAACGAUGCCAACACACGGGGCAGAAGCAAUGGGAGAGGCCUACCAGAAAGAUCUUGAAAGACAUGAGGCAUCCUGUUAUCAAGAUGUUGCUGCUAUGGAGAACAUGCAGAGGCAGCUGAUUUUAGAUCUACAGCAGCAGCACCGGACGGAGGUCGCUGCCCUUCUGGAGGAGAGAGACAAGCUGCUGCAGGAAGAGACGGCUGCCACCAUGGCCGCCAUUGUCGCCAUGAGGAGAGCUCAUAAACAGGAGCUGGAGAAAAGCCGACAGUCUCAGCGCACAAAGGACGGCGCUGACGUCACACAACUGCACAUGGAAUAUGAGAAGGACAUUCGGUCGAUGCACAAGGAGCUCGAGGUGUUGUCGGUUCAACACUCUCAGAAAUGCCUGGAAAACUCUCAGCUGAGCCAGGAGCUGCAGGAUGAGAGACAGUCCUCGAUGCAGUACCAGAAGGAAAACCAUGAGCUCAAAAAUAAACAGAGAGAAACAGAUGAAAUGUCGCAGAUACAUUUCUCGCGAAAUGGGAAACAGUCACACGUCUCCCCUAAAGUAAAGGACUUUUAUGAGAUGGAGGUGAUUCUGCGGGCGAGGGAGGCAGAAAUGCAGUUUCUCAGACAGGAAGCUCGUUCUCUCCAGGAAGAUUUAAAGAUUGCUCGGAUGGACAAAAUAUACGCAGAGAACAAGCUCAAGGCCCUCUACAACAGCCAGGAUGAAUCCCAUCAUGACGUCAACAAACUCUUGGCCGAUGUCAAGUUCGCCACUUGGUCUCCGAGGGCAGACGCUGCAGGACAGACCGCCGAGGACACUGUGACAAAAACAAAUAAUGCUAGUUUUCUGAAGAAAACGGUUAAAUCAACCCUCACACGUCAGAUAAGAGGCGUGAGAUCAAAGAGUUUAAAAGACGGCCUUUCUGUCCAAGAAAGAAUGAAGCUGUUUGAGUGAUUCUGAUCCAAACCAGAUGUGCAGAUUAAAACAGCUGUUUGCUCGGUGCAGUUUGAACACAUAGAAUAUAUCUCUUCCUAAUAUUUGUAACUGUUGUUGUUUCACAUGUGUGCUUGUUAUUUUAUUUCUUACUUUUUUACCGUGUAUAAUGUGGAUUUGUGGUUAUUUAUUGUUGAUAUGUUAUGUGCAAAAUAUGUUUUCUUGUGUCUGUGUUAGAGGAAUAAAAAGGAAAGAGCAUCGGAUUACCACUAGAGGGAGCAGAAAACUCUUUUUAAGAGGAACUUUCAUGAAAAUGAACUAUAUAAUGUAAAACAAUUAUCACAAAAAUACUUAUGCUUUGGACAUCAGUGCACAGUGUGACUUAUGAACACUAUGUCUGUUUUUUCAUUAGAAUUACUGAGUGUGUGGCAUCCAUCAUAUAAAAGCUGUUAUUGACAUAUUAUACCACUAGAUGUAGCAUAAUGCUACAUUGAUGCAGAGUUGAUGUCAUUGACGUUUUCAACAUCUUUUCUGUUGACAUUUAGCCAUUUUAUGACUAGAGAUAUUUUGAGAAGGUUACUAUCUUUGAUAUCAGUAUAUGGACAUUAAGCUUGAUUUUUGAAUAUUUUGUACUCUGUCAAGAUUCAGUUAUAUCAA